AUGAAAGCACUGCAGAUCGCCGCCACCGGCAUGAAGGCCCAGGAACGGAACGUCGAAGUCAUCUCGAACAACGUUGCCAACAUGAGGACAACGGGUUUCAAGAAACAACGGGCGGAUUUCCAGGAUCUUCUCUAUCAGAACCUUCGCAGGAUGGGCACCGAGACCUCCGAUGCAGGAACCAUAGUUCCAACCGGCGUUCAGAUCGGUUCCGGUGUAAAGAUCGCGUCGACCGCGCGUAUCAUGUCCCAGGGUUCUCUUGAACAGACAGGCAAGGAACUGGAUGUCGCCAUCCGCGGCGAAGGCUUUUUCCAGAUCGAACUUCCGGAUGGAAACACCGGUUAUACGAGGGACGGCUCAUUCGAACGCGAUGCCGACGGGCAACUGGUCACCGUUGACGGUUACACCGUCAAUCCGGGCAUAACGAUUCCGGACGGCACCCAGGACAUCACAAUUUCAAACACUGGCGAAGUUCAGGGCAUCAAUCAGACCGGCGGCACCGUUACGCUCGGACAGAUCCAGCUUGCCCGUUUCGUGAACAAAUCAGGCCUGGAAGCCAUCGGCGACAACCUGUUUCUGGAAACCAAUGCGAGCGGCACGCCGCAAACAGGCAAUCCGAACGACAGCGGCUUCGGCAAUGUUCAGCAGUACUUCCUUGAAAUGGCAAACGUGGACGCGGUGACCGAAAUCGCCGACCUGAUUUCCGCGCAACGUGCCUACGAGAUGAAUUCAAGGAUCAUCAAGGCGGCAGACGAGAUGUACUCAACCACCGCUAACCUCCGUUAA